AUGACGUUGGCGUCACAGCUGCGGAAGCCUCGCGUGCUGGUGGUCGGCGGCGGCCCUGUGGGUCUGGCUACGGCCUAUAUGCUCGAGAAGCUCUACGACAUCCCCACACGCGUCGUCGAGCGACAACGGCGUCCCACUUCGCACCCACAAGCGCAUUUCCUCAACCUCCGUACCAUGGAGGUGCUCUACGCGACAAUGCCCGCGUUCCACGACCGCUUACUUGCCCACGCAGCGCCAAGCGAAUUGUGGCGCGACUACGUGUACUGCACCGGAAUGGGCAAAGCUCGUGAGAUUGCGCGCAUCGACCAGUUUGGUCCCUGCCUCCCACGUGGCCCCGUGAAGAAAGCGCUAGCUGCUGGUGAGAGGCUGCGCGAGUCGCUGGACGCGCUGUCCCCGACGCAGUUUGUGCAUUUCCCACAAAACCGCUUUGAAGCUCUGUUGGACACGUUUUUGGCCGAGAACGACGUGCAGAUUGAGCGUGGCAUUGCGCUCGAGGAUCUAAAGUUGCCGCCGGACGGCUCCGCGGCACAGCAAACUCAAGUGACUCUUCGUCGUCUGGAUACCGAUAUACUCGAAGAAGCGUCGUAUGACUUUGUUAUCGGAGCAGAUGGGGCUCACAGCCUCGUGCGCCAGCUCUGUGGAAUCGACAUGGUUGGCACAUCGAACCUGCAAAGUAUCGCCAAUGUGCACUUCACGAGCAAGGCGUUAUCGAAAGCAGCGCGCGAAAAUCCGGCCAUGUUGUACUUCGUGUUUAACAAAAAAGUCGUAGGAAUCCUCAUUGCUCAUGACCUCAACAAAGGCGAAUGGGUCUUCCAGAUACCCUUCUUUCCACCCCAAGAGUCCGUCCCCUGGGACUUUUCAGUUGCUCAAUGCAAGGAAAUCAUCCGCCUUAUAUUGCCCAAGGAUGUCAAAGUCAGCGAUGAUGACAUCAAUGUUUUAUCAGCUGGACAGUGGCGAAUGGGAGCUCGAGUGGCAAAGCAGUACGAUGCUGGCAAACAGCGGGUCUUUCUCGUAGGUGAUGCAGCGCACCAGUUCCCACCAGCAGGUGGCUUCGGCAUGAACACCGGACUGCAGGAUGCGCACAAUUUGGUAUGGAAACUGGCGCUCGCAAUCCAGACGGACCCGGAGUACCCUUCGGCCGACGGUGUUGACACUCAAGCGCUGUUGCAAUCGUACGGCCGCGAGCGUCAACCGAUUGCUAGAAUAAACACGCAAGUCAGUCUAAGCAAUGUGGCUCGAAUCAUGAAGAUUCCACAAGCUCUUCACGUAUCCCACGACCACGCCCAGAUGCUGGCAAAGAUUAUGAACUCUGCGCCGAUGCAGCUUUUACCGCUGCGUGCUCAGCGCGAAUUAACAAAGCGGAUCAUGCGUGUUGGUAAGAUGCCACUUGGGCUUUUGGACGAUGCUGAGAAGGUAGACGGGCCGGGAAGUGCAUUGGGCAGUCGCAUGCGCAGCAGUGUGCAAGAUAUCGUGACACAUCGGAAGUCACUUGGCAUGCUCUUUUACCACUUUGAUGUAGGUUUUUCCUAUGACGCACCUUCGUGGGCGGCGCGUGCGAAGAAGCUGAUGGAAGAUCCAGCGCUCGACCAAUCUGCGGAGUUCCGGAUCGAUAGCGGCACUGAUGAUGACAUCAUUUAUAGUCCGACCUUUCGCGUCGGUGAGAGAUUUCCCCACUUCUGGUGCACUUACAAUGGCGCCAGGGUUUCCACUCAUGACAUGACAAGGCUAGCUAUGCAAGACGCAAAAUUUGACAAGGAGGACACUAGCAGCGUGCAGUUUGUCCUCGUCUUCGGUGGACGUCAUGCUGCACAAAUUACCCGUUUAUGCUCGUCUUCCACUCUGCAUGCGAUGGCAAAACACGUUUCUCUCGUUGUUUUGCGUUCCAGUGCUGACCGCAAUAGUGCACAAGUUGAUGCUGCCAUUGCGGACGCUCAAACGUCAUCAGCGUUCAGCUCUGUGUUUUCGUGCCCGGUGGUCCAAGAAGAAAGCGACAAAAUAUGGGCGAGGUUCCUGGACAGCAACAUUGCCGCUCUUAUGCGUCCAGACGGCCACGUUGGUGCGCUGUGGAAAGCUGGAGGACCCGAUGCCAUUACUGACACACUGCUCAUGCAGUCGAUGCAGCAGGCCGUUCAGCUCAACUAA